UGUGUAUGUUUGUUAGAUUGUUGAAUUACGCGAGUAAGUUUAAAAUUUACGCAAAGGUGAUUGUUCAUUUCUGAAACCACAUAAACGAUGUUUUCCAAGGGAAAUGCAGGCUUGAAUGUAAGGGGUAAUCGUAAUGAAAUCAUACCCUUUCCUCCGUUCAAGAAACCUCAGCCUAUUGGAUAUUUUAGCAUCGUAGGCGGAGUUUUGCGAGAAUAUGAACCUAAUGCUCAACAACUGCGUUACUACAGACCUCCGUCAGCUCAAAAAUUUCCUCUUGACUUAAAUGAAGGUCUUAGUUUAGCUAUCAAAAAACCAGAAACAGUACAAGAAGAAGGACUGGACCACUUGUUAAAAUUUAUCUUUGAUAAUCGUGAUCGUUUAACAAGGUCUUUAUCUGCUUGCGAAGACAAAAAGCGUCUUGUUGCUGAGUUCGUGUGCUGGCGAGGGCUUUUACGUUUGUUAAUGUGCACUCCAUAUGAAUAUCGAAGCGAUUGGUCAAUAGUUGUAACACGAUUUAAUGGCACAUUUUAUCUUUGGAAACGUGACACUGAUAGUGAUAAGUUUCAGCGCUCUCAAGAGACCGAACAACAGCGUACAUUUGCAUCAUGGGGUUUCAAAUUUGAACAAUAUUGUCUGACAGAAUCGCCGUUUCUGGAGCCGAACACAAGUGCACCAGUUGACGAAUGCAGCGAAUUUUCGUGUGUUUUUACAACAAAAAUUGGGAGUCUGGAUGUACUAUACGGUGCUGAAAUGGAUGGCAUUGAAAGUGAGCAACCGAUAUUGCUUGAUGAUAACCCAACAUUUUUAGAAAAAUUAAAAUUUGUCGAAGUAAAAGUACGUCAAAGAAACCUAAAUAGAAAUCAAAUUCAGUCUUACAAACGUCAUAAAACUCGUAAUUGGUGGUGCCAAUCAUUUUUGGUAGGUAUUCAAGAUAUAUAUUUGGGCCUACGGAAUGAGCAGGGACAAGUUGAACGCAUCGAACACGUUGAAGUACGGUCUUUACCAAAGCAAGGAAUAAACCAAUGGACACCAAAUGUAUGUGCGACAUUUUUGAUAGAAUUUUUGAAUUACAUAAAAUCACUAAUGUCUGAAGUAAAUUGCCCGUAUACUGUUUACGACUUUUACUUCAACUCCAAACGCGGUACUGUAACGUAUGAAUGCUUACGAGGGAAGAACGAAUAUUCAUUUCUACCAGACUACUACAUUGAAUUAAUGAACCCUAAAAACAACAGUAAAAAUGUAAAUGAAAUUAAAUGAUACUUUGUUUCAGACGUAAGACAUAAGUAAAAUAUGUGAAUAAAUGAAAUACGUUUCAUACAAAAUAAGAA